UUUCUGACACUUGGUGAGUUCCCUGGAACACCGGGGACACAUAUUCAUGUAUAAAAGACGUACAAAGGUGCAUUUUGCAUGAUAGGUCCCCAAGCAUUUACCCAUUGUUAAACCUGCUCUCAGCAUCGUGUUCCUUUUUGUCCGCGGCAGCCUUCAAAUUUGAAGCUGGAUAAACACGUUCUUCUUCCACCUUAAAAUGCGGAUCACAGUCACAAAAGGCGUUCUACAGCCACCUACUAAGCGGAGUGUGUGCUAGUCACAUACAAAACAAAUAGGAAUUGGACGUUGUAGGAUAUAACAUAACGUUACCGAGAAAAUAAAACAUACAAAUAAAAAAAAAUAGACACACUCAUUCAUUCUGCCCCAGAUACAAUGGAAUACCUCCCCUCCUAAAAUGCCAGACCUUUUAAGACAUUUUUAGACCUUGAAUAUCAAAAAAUAGAUUUAAGACUUUUAAUACUUUUUAAGGAUCUGCGGGGACCCUGAUAAUGCCAAAGCCAACAAGAUGUACAGAAGGUAUAAUAAUGACGAUACUUACCAUCUAAGUUUAGCCUUUGAGGAUGCUCAAAUUAGGUUAUUAUGGUCAUAAACCAGAGUAUUGAACACAUUACACCGAUGAGGCACUAUGUGAUAACUUCAAAUAUCAUCAUAUACAAAUUUAGUCUGAGUGUGGGGUAAAUAUCUGUUCCACAAUUCUUGACAAUUCAUUCAACAAGAUAUUUUGCACAAAACCUGGGAAAAGGUUAUUGGGAGAGUAGUUGUAGAGCGAUGCAGUGAUGAUGUAUUUCUGUAGGCUACCCCGAAUGUUAGCAUUGGUGUCCUCGACAAAUACAAUGAGAUUUUCCAUUGAAUUGGGAAUAUUGCAGAAAAUAAGAUCUGUGCAAACACGUUUGACAAGCGUACAUGUUUUGUUCCGAUUUAAGCAUAAAUGCAAUCGGCAAAAAUAAAAAGCUAACAAUAAGCUAUAAACAAACUACAGUACAUCACGAACGCAUGGCUGUGCAUCACCUCGCUAAGCUAAAGGCUGCUAAUGUUCAUCAUGAUUACGCUAGUCUCAUUAAAACACUAUAUAUAUUAUAGCACUAUAAUAAGCGGCUUCAUUCUGGUCUGUCCAUGUGUAGUCUCAAAGGGGCGUUGGCUUUACGUGGAUGGCUGGCUCUGAGAGUCACCUCUUUACUCAGUGUAAAUAAUAAUGGAAUGUGAACUCAAAGACACGCAGUCUGCAUUAAGUGGGACCAUACAGUUUAGGCACCAAAUAGAACAAACAACAAACAGUGGAUGCAUUUACAAACUGGAAGUCUACUCAUGAGUUCAGUUUUUGUCUGGUAAAGAAUGAUUGGGAAAAUAUUUCUUAAAGUGUUCUACUUUAUGUGGCAGCCUGUCACACGUGGUUUACAGAUUGAACUGUUAGUUGCUCCCAGAUAAAUGAAGCGGGUCCACACACAGACUAAGAAUAAACAAGUGGGCAGGACUUGAAGGCCCUGGUGUGGCCCAGCAGUUAUAAAGACAAAUAUUUCCCCUGUGGAUCAGUGAGGCAGGGAAAGGUGUGUUUGGAGAGGAGACAGAGGGGUGCUUUGUCCCCUUUCCACCAGGUCAGCUCUCCCAAUCUCUUUCCCCUACUCCUCUCUCUCUCCCUCUGCCAGUCUUCCUCUCUAAAUCCCACCUUCAGCUCUGUCGUCCCCCUGCGCCCUCCUGGAGCUCACACAGACCUUCUCACUUAAGAGAUGCUAUCGCUUCUCUGCUAUUCCCUGCUGCUCAUCCUUGCUCAACAGGUCUUCAGCCGGGCUCAGAACAAUGGGCAGCUGGCCCCUGGAGAUGGGCGGGCUGCGGCUGAGAGGCGGCAGUUCUGCCAGUGGCCCUGCAAGUGUCGGGAGAGACCCCACUGCGCCCCGGGAGUGAGCUCCGUCCUGGACGGGUGUGGCUGCUGCAAGAGCUGCGCCAGGCAGAUCGGAGAGCCGUGCAACGAGAGGGAUGUCUGUGACCCCCACAAGAGCAUGUACUGUGACUUCUCAGCGGACCAGCCACGAUAUGAGGUUGGAGUGUGUGCAUACCUGAUGGCAGUAGGCUGUGACCUGAAUGGGGCCCACUAUGAGAACGGAGAAGGUUUCCAGCCCAGCCCCCUCUAUAGGUGCACAUGUAUUGCUGGAGCCAUCGGCUGUACCCCUGCUUUCAUCCAGAAGCCUGCAGAACUCAUAGGCCCUGCCUCACUCAUGGGAAACAUGCCAGCCGGCCUUCGCAGUGGCCAGAGUCCAAAGAAGAACCAGCAGGACACUACCUACAUGUCAGCUUACAGGGAUCCUCCUUUAGCCUGGAAGAAGAACUGUUUGAUCCAGACCACCCCCUGGAGCCCCUGCUCCAAAACCUGCGGCCUGGGCAUCUCAUCGCGUGUCAACAACGAUAACGGCAAAUGUGAGAUGAGGAAGGACCGGCGCCUGUGUCUGCUGCGACCAUGUGAUAAAAGCGUGAUGAAGAGUGUUAAGGCGCCAAAGGGAAAGACAUGCCGGCCUACAUUUCAAGCAAAGAAGGCGGAGAAGCUGACCCUCUCGGGCUGUACCAGCACCAAGAAGUUUAAGCCCACGUACUGCGGCGUCUGCACAGACAAGCGCUGCUGUGUCCCCAACAAGUCCCGCAUGAUCAAGGUCAACUUCACCUGCAAGGGAGGCACCAGCACACAGUGGAAGAUGCAGUGGAUAACGUCCUGCGUGUGCCAGAGGAAGUGCAACGAUCCUGGUGACAUGUUUUCUGACCUGAGGUUACUCUAACUUAUGGAACCUUCCAAAGAGUUCAGAGACAAAGACGCGGGACUAAAACUAAAACACCUGAUUUCAUAAGGAAGAAUGACUGGGAAUCAUUGAAUAGAAGAAGAAAUAUUUAAGAGUUGUUAGUUGUGAAAAAUGUCAUCAGCACAUGUAUGUGUACUGUAUAACAACACCGGACAUAGCCAGGGCAGCAGGACUUAUUAGUAUGUUAUAAGUCAUGUUGCUACUGCUUAUUUCUUUCAGACAGAAGUUUUGAAUGGUGUCAUAAAUUAGAAAAUGUUGAAAAAUAACAUUUAAAGGUAUAUACAAAAGAU